AUGAAUCUCGUAGCAGCCAUCCUCUCCGCCAUGGCCUUCGCGUCCCUCGCCCACGCAGGCACCCAGGAUCCCUCCUGGUGCGCCGAGCCCGGCGACAGACCGGCCCACUGCGACCGCAGGACCCACGGCCUCAUGCUCUGGCCGCCGCACGGGAAAAUCCCCUUCUCUCGACGAUACAACCUGACCGUCGCCGACGUCCCCCGCGACGAGAUACCCGAGAUCUGCGACCGGUUGUGGUGGGGUUUGAAUCGUUGGGGUAUGACCUGCGACACGUGGAGUCACGGGGACAAGCCGUACUGCCGCGCGGCGUCGGACAACAGCACGACGCUGGAGUGGUGGUUCGAGACGUCGAUGUUGUGCGACCCGUGGAAGGUGCAUGGUGCUUGGUGGCAUGCGACGGAGAAUAAGUACGGCGGAGUCUGGUGCUGUAAACUUGAUUGA